GUUUUUAUUCGAGUAACAAUAAAAAAAACUUUUUCUCUUUUGUGUACUGCUUUCGUGACUGCAAACGUUACUUUUGGCUGGGCUUGAACAAAUUUUUUUCUUGCUUCUAGUUUAAAUACUUUGACAAGAAAUAAAAAAACUUUUCUACCGUAUCUUUUUCACUUUAUAUUUUCUCACCUUUGUAGGGAGAUCAACCAGCCGCUUUGUGUGUACUUUGAAUAUAUUAUAAAACAAAUCAUCAUCAAAAAAAAGAAAUACCACUUUGCAUUAGUGCUGCUUGAAACACGAUUUUCUUACCCUUUCUUAAAAAACUUUUCUUUACCACUUCAUAAUUUUACCCCUUCUUGAUAUUUAUUUGAAAUGGCAGACGUUACUAUUGCACACCAACCCACCACGACUACAAACGAAAUUGUCUCAGAAUCAAGAUUUCCUGAUUCCCCACAAACUGUGGAUGAAGAACAAUUAAACCAUUUAUUAGCUGGUUCUUCUGCCGAUUGGCCUAACAAUGUGCCGGUCGAAGACUUAACUGGUGAGGUCCAAGAAUUAAUGAUGAGAGAGUCAAUGAGUUCCUGGCUUCAACCUUGGGUAGCUGAAAACGCCAACUGUCUUGUUGGUUUUGAUGCUCAAAUGUAUGCUCAAUCGCUUCAACUUGAAGAUUUGUUUGGUCAAGACCAAUUAAAUUUCACUCAAAAUAUCACACCAUCCGCAUUCUACGAUGAAAUCACUUUUGUUCCUGAUGAUGCUUCACUUCAAUUAAGUGCAUCUGCUUCUUCGGCUUCAUCUCCAUCUGACAGUUCUGCUCAAGUCAGCCCUAUUGUAGAAUCUGCUACUACUAGCCACCUCGACCAACUUGAACAAGAACAAGGCAUGAUUGUCGAAAAACUUGAUGUUUUGGAAAAAGAAGAAAUUGAAAUUGAAGAGAUUCAAGUGGAUGAACGACCCGCAAUGGAAGUUGUCAACACACUGAAACGUAGAAGAGACUCCUCAAGCUCUGAAAGCUCCAGUGACGAUGAUUCCUCGUCCUCUUCUGGCUCUGAAUCUGAAUCUGAUUCAGAUAACGAACCGAAUGUUAUCCCAACAACGGUUGCCAACAUGAACAGCCGUGGUCGUAUGAACUACUCAUCGUCUUCUGACUCUGAUUCAGAUACUGAAGUGAUGGCCGGUCGUCGUUCCCGUGCUGUGUCUCCUGCCUCCAAUCCCUACAUUUACAUGCACAAACGUCAAAUUGAAGAGACCUUACUUGACAGAAUCACCAACCAACUUCAUCCCGAAAAAUUGCCUGGUAUCUUGCCCAUCUUGUCGUCAGAAAAGGCUAGUAGUCAACACGAAGACGAAGUAGAAAUCGACUUGUCUUGUCUGGCUCGCGAACAACUAGUUCAAGUGUUGUCUUAUGUGGACGCCUGUAUCUUAGAACAAAAUGGUGGCCCUGCUGUUCGUGUUGAAGAUUAUAUCCAAAAAAAGCCUAUCAAGAAGGGACCUCGUACUCGUCCAGCACUGAUAGAAGAACCUCGUAAGAGACGCCCAGCUAAACAGAGACGUAGACCCAUCAAGCCCAAGAGUAGAUCAUUAGCUGAAUUGACAGAGGAUAUCGAUGCUGGCUCAUCAUCAUCCGACGAAUCUUCUGAAGAAGAACUUGCGCCGAAAUCCAAACGCUUCGAAGGCCCCAUGUCCAUGGCUUCUCUUUCUAAAUCAAAUGGAUCAAAAUCUCGCAAUAACAAAAAGUCUGGUAAAAAGUGUCGUACUCGACGUAGAGAUGAAGAUGCUACUGUUUCUUCUUCUGUGACAGUGAUUCAAGAUCCUAAUAGUAUUGCCUCAUCUCGGCCCAAACGAAGAGCAGCUGUUCAUAAGCGUAGAUUAUUAGAAGAAAUGCUUGCACCUUCUGAUAAUGAAGAGGAAGACGAUGAUGAUGAUAGUCCACUCAUUGUGUUUGGUGAUGAAAAGAUGGAUUUUGGUGUUGUGGAUAACUGCACUAUUACUCAUCAAGUUCCAGUGAUAUCUACCCAAUCCGAAGUAGUUGUUGUGGCUGCUACUGUUCAUGAAGAUGAGUGUAAUGAAGAUACCGACGAAGAAAUCGACAUUAUGUUUUAAUUUCUUUAAGCCACUCCUCAUCCCUCUGUACAUUUUGUAAUUCUCUUUUCUAUCAUCAUACAAACAAAAAAAAGUCAUUCUUAUUACUAUUAAUUCCAUUUCAUCUAUAUAUUUUAUACAUCCCCCCCCCCUUGUUUUUUCAUUUUGUUUUUUUUU